UUUUUAAUUGAAAUAUUAAUUAUAUAAAAAGUUAAUAAAUAAAUGAUUGCAAUGAAAUUAUUAAAUCUAAUAUUGUGUGUGAUUUUUGUAUUUACAAAACGAUUUGUUACAAGUCAAGUGCAUUUAAAUGGCUGUUACACACCGUCGGGAGAUAUUGGCAUAUGUACAUCACUUAAGUUAUGCCCACAAGUAGUAAAUCUUUUCACUAGAAUGCCACAAAAUACUGCCACACAAUAUUCCAAAGCAUUGCAGCGCAGUUGUGGUAAUCGCAUCUCUUUCGAUAAUUACCCAAUUGUUUGUUGUACAGAAAUACAUGCAGGUAUACCUAAUAAUAAUAAUAACAACCCAAGACAAAACCCAGAUAGAGAUACAUUUACUCUACCCUCGUCUACAACUGAAAAAAUAGAUGAGGCAAAAAUAUUGAGUCACACAACGCCACGAAGUGAAGGAUCUGAUAAUGUUUGUCAAGGACCAACAGGAGAUAUUGGAUUUUGUAUAUCUAUACAUAAUUGUACAAACUUAUUGGAUCGCAUUAGAGCCACUCCAAAUGAUGAAAAUUUGAAAUCUGAACUAAGAUCAUCGAAUACAAUUUGCGGUUCAAAAGACAUGAAUGUUUGCUGCCCUGUAACUAAUAGUAAAUCGAGAGCAGUAAAUACCGGUGAGACGCCGCGACGUUUGCCAACUGAAGAUGAGGGUUGUGGUUUUGUACGUCAAGCAACUGGUAAAAUCGUUGGAGGUAGAGAAAGCGAAAUUGGUGAUUGGCCUUGGAUAGCGUUAAUUGGUUAUAAUGCUUAUAGUUUGAAUCCGUUUCGUUGUGGUGGAAGUUUAGUUACCGCAAAACAUGUCAUAACAGCAGCGCAUUGUAUUACUCGAGAUCUAUCAUUUGUACGCUUAGGUGAGCAUGAUUUGAGUACACAAUCCGAGACAAAGCAUUUGGAUGUAGAUGUCGAUAAGGUAAAAAUUAGUUAUUAUGAUAUGCAAUACGUUAACUAA